CUUUCAUGCGCAUCGGUCUUAAUAUAUGGUGUUAACGUGGUUAUAAACGCGAUAGAGCCAUAGGUCGCUGGUUAUGUUCGAGAGACAUUUGUCACAUUUGUAAAAUUAAAUAUGUGUCGUGGAUGAUAAAUCAUAGUCAUUUGGGAAACCGAUUGAGAGAAGGGAAUACCGGCUACAACGUUCGUUCCUCUAUUCGCACGUAAACGCAUGGAAUUAAAGGAGCAACGUUUAAGUAAAAUAUUCGCAAGCUCGAUUUUGACAGAAGUCGAACGAAAUACGGACCAGUGUUCGCAUAUUUUUGCCUAAUUACAGAUAUGAUGUUGAGCUAGAAUAAGGCAGUAUCGUGAAUGUGUUGAAUGGACAAUAAUACCAUUGGGAUAUAUAUUUUUCUCGACAAUGACAAUGAUAUUUGAUUUCCUAAAGAAAAUCUUUGGAUGGGCAGAUGAGCAUUCUAAGAAACGGAAAGCUUCCGGGGAUUACAAUUUUGAGGGAGGAUUUCAUACGCCAAAGAGAUUGAAAACCGAUUGCAAUACGGCACAUUCGAUGGAGGAAUAUUUCGAUGUUGAUGACAGCGAUGAUGAUGAUGAUGAUAUUGUAUUUCUGAGUGAACAGAAAUGCUCGCCGACAAGAUCAUGUACCAAGUUGAAUGGCACUCACAAAAAACAAUCACAAUCUCAUCAAUGUCACGUGCCAAUUGCAUCUUCCGUCUAUAAAUCCACAUGUUCUCCAUUUAUGUCGCAUCAAUCGAACAAUCAUAAAUCUACCAUGGGCCAUGUCAAUUAUAAACACAAAACACAUGACCCUGGUCAUAAAUGUCCUACGUUAUGCAAAACCAAUCAGUUGAAAGAGAGACAUCAGUAUGAAGAAUUGCUGCACAAUUUCCUUCCAAAUAGGAUACAUAUAUUGAAGCAUAAAUGUGCGGAGCACACCUAUAUACACAAGCCCGUAGAAGUAAUCGAUUUGGAGAAGCGCUCGGAGGUUGUAUCGCCUAAUGACAAGAUUCGACCUGUCGCCGUCAGUGCUCCUGUCAUCGUACAUCAAUGUACAAGAGGCAAUUUGUCGAGCUGUACUAGAAUAGACAAAGGAAAAGUUCCUAUUCUAGAUUAUAGCAGGAAAGAUACCGCAUCGUAUUUACAACCCUUCAAGAUAUCAAUCGAUAAGCCCAAUGUCAGUAGUACAGUGAGACCUACUACUGCGCCGAAAUCGCCUGUUAAAGCCGUUGCAACUAACUCGUUACGCGACGAGCUGGCCGCGAAGGCAGUCAUGAGGCAAGAUUUUAUCCCGCAAGUUGCCAAGAGGUACAACGAGCGGAUUGAGCAACGGCAUAAAGAGGCCGAGGAACUGAAAAAGAUGACAUGUGUCCUAUCGAAGCACAACAGAUAUGCGCGAGAAGCGGCUCUGGAAGAACAGCUGGCACGCUCUAUGAGACUAUGUUUGGCCGUUCUGGAUGACAGAGAGGAACCGGAGGAACCAGCGUUACCGGUGCUAACCGAUGAAAUGUUGCGAGAAGUGAGGAGUGCUCUCGUGCCUUGUCCACAAGACGAGGUUCUUGCGGAAGGUUUCGGCCUGAGGAUCACGCGAAAGGACAUCCAUACGCUGGCCGGCUUAAAUUGGCUGAAUGACGAAGUGAUAAACUUCUAUAUGAAUCUGUUGAUCGCUAGAGGCACGUCUUCGAAUAAAUAUUCGAAGGUACACGCCAUGAACACGUUCUUCUAUCCGAAAUUACUUUCGGGCGGUCAUUCAUCUCUGAGACGAUGGACUAGAAAGGUAGACAUAUUCGCGCAAGAUCUCGUCGUUGUGCCCGUACACCUCGACAUUCAUUGGUGUAUGUCGAUAAUAGACUUCCGGGACAAAUCGAUUACUUAUUAUGACAGUAUGGGCGGCAAUAAUCCAAAAUGCCUGGCGGCACUAAAGCAGUAUCUGCAGGAUGAAAGUCUAGACAAGAAGAAAUUAUCCUAUGAUAUGAGCGACUGGAUAUUGCAGUCUGCCAAGAAUAUUCCGCAACAGAUGAAUGGCAGUGAUUGCGGAAUGUUCUCCUGCAUGUUCGCCGAGUAUGUCUGCGCGAACAAGAAGAUAACUUUUACACAGGAUGAUAUGCCAUACUUUAGGAACAAAAUGGUUUAUGAGAUACUGAAAGGUAAACUUUUGUAAAGGAGCAGGCUAAUGUUAGAGGAAACGCGUUCGUGAUAAAAACAUUUAAGCGAUUUGAUGCUAUAGAGAAUUAUCCGGAAAUAAUCGGUAAUAAUGCGUUACUAUAUUAAUCAUAAAAAGAGAAAGAGAGAAAGUGGAAAUUACUUAAUUGACUUUCUGUAUUCAAAUAUACUUUGGUCGCAGAUUAAAGAAAACAAAAAUCCAAAAUCCUUUAAACCGAAUUUUUUUAAAAGUAUACUUCUUUUUUUUUUACUUUUUGAAACAGGAAGAGAGAAAGAGAAAGAUGCGUUUACAUUGUAUAAUUAUUAAUCCUGUGGUUUUUAAAUAAACUGUAACAAAUUUACAUACACAUAGAUAUACGUGUACUAUACAUAGAUUUGAGAAAGUUUUUCCACUGUACAGACAGGAUAGUAAUCUAUAAGUUUCAUUAUUUUCAGCAAAUAUAUUGUUAUGGACGAAAAAAUUUGCAACAUUGUUUUUUGAUGAAUUAAAAAUAGUGCAAGAAUCACAUGAAACAUCACGAUUCUGAAAUUGAUCAAAACAGAAUUUCGCAAUCUCUUUCUGUCUAUGAAUAUAAUUAUGCCACUUUCUGUUUGGCUUAUGUACAUUGUUUAACUGCUUCUGAAUUAAUUUAUACGUAAAGUAAAGUUGUAUAGAAUAAAAUUAUAUUAUAUUAAUA